CAGACAUCAAUAACAUCUCGCUCAUCAAUAAGACAUUUUGAUGGAGUUAGACUGCUUAAUUAAAUAGGUUGCCUUGAAGGUAUUAGGCAUCUCUGAAUUUAUAAUAUUUAAUCUAAUGACCCCCAAUGGAGAACAUCUGAAGGAGGACUCUUCAGCAUCUCUAUCCACAGGAAGCGGCUCGGUCAGACAGAGAAUAAGACUUGGAGAUUUCUUAUCUUUCAGUGAUGGCUAUCAACACUGACGCUGCGUUUGGGAAAAGCGCCCUCGGCGAGAGGGAAGUUUCCAAUCCCACCAACUUCCACGAUAAGGAGAAGCUGCUGAGCACCGCCACCACCGAGCCCACCGGGCAGAGCAACAUCAAGCCGUCCGACUCCUUCUCCCUCAACAUCAGAGGGAGCGUCCGGUCCCUGGACGCGGACCAGAAUGGACACAGAUCGCCGCUUAAGUCGGGCUCCAUCGGGCAGUUGGCGACCCCACCCAAGUCCGCGUCCCGGCUCAGCCUGGGCCCGCUUCCCUCCCCUGUGCCGCCCGGGUCCGCACCCCCGAAUUACCUCUGGCUCGCCGUGUUGUCCUGUUUCUGCCCCGCCGUGCCUCUUAACAUGUGUGCCUUGUGGUACGCAUAUGUGUCGAGGUCUGUUCUCCAUACAGGAGAUAUUGAAGGAGCAAGGAAGUAUGGGCGUCUGUCUAUGCUGCUCAGCUGUCUGGCAAUACUGCUGGGUGUGGCUGUCAUCAUCUUCAUAGUAUUAACAAUAGAGAUCCAGCAGUGA